AUGUCGCGCCGAGACUCGCGCGGGGGAGACUCGCGCCUCGAAUCCAAGGAGGCCCUCGAGCAGGAGGCACAACGGCUGGUGUUCUGGGUUAAUACGCUGCCGGGCAGGCGAUGCCUGCUCGCGAACAAGCCCGAAGACCUGCGCGACGGCGAGGUGAUCUGCGAGCUCGCGGCGAUGCUGCUCGGACCGCAGUGCGUCCCCCAGCCGGGAGACCGCCUCGGCACCGGCGUCGACAAGGAGUACGCCGACGCCGAGAAGCUCGAGCUCGCCCUGGAGGCGCUCGCCAAGCACGCGGACAUGCCCCUGGGAAACCGGGACCACGGCGCGAGGGGAGCCGGCACCAACGAGGGGGGAUCGACGCCCGGGUCGUCCAGGCGCACGCAGCUGGACAGAGCCGAGACGCUCGUCGCCGUGAGCGCCGCCGCGGCGAGGAUCGCGAGGGGCGACCUGCCGGCCACGGUGCGGAUCAUGUCCUUCAUGCGUGACGCGCUGGGGGGAGACGCCGCGGGGGUCCACGCCGGGGGGACGCCGGGGGGAAGGCCGGGGACGCCCACCGCCAAGGGAACGCGGGCGCUGGAGGUUCUCUCGGGGCGAGCCGCGAGCCCGGUUGGGAGCCCUAAGGCGGCGAGCCCGAGGAGCUCGGAGACGCUCGCCCAGCUGGCUCGCAGCUCCAACGCGUCACCUCCCAGGAAUCGCCCCACCAACCGAGAGGAGGUCGGGUUUAGGGAUGGCCCCAACCGAGAGGCGGAGGGGUCGCCGGAGGGUUCGCUGAGCGAAUGGGCCGAACAGACGCCGUCGAGGAGGCCCUCGGGCCGGACGGGAGCCGCCAAGCACGCCGUCAGGGAGGCGGCGAGGAGCGCCGCGGAGAAGAUAAACAUCGCGGACGCGGACACGAACGACGCGGAGGAGGACCCGCCGGCGAAGAAAGGGGCGCUGGAGCGAAACGCGUACGGGUUUGCGUUUGAGGGCCACGGCGGCAGCCCGGUAGCCGCGUACGCCAAGGGGUAUCCGACGAGCGGCGAGGCGCAGCAGUCGUGGAGCGGCAAGAUGUCCAUCGUGGAUCUGAACCCGCACCAGCAGGGCCUCGUGGUGUGGCUCGUGUCUCUCGGUUUGGACGUCACGGGCACCGAGCUCGUCGAGGGUAAGGACGGCGGGUGCGAGAUCGUCCGGCUGCCCAAGGCGGCGCACGUGCAGGCGGAGGCGGCGAAGGGUAUCCUGCUGAGCGAUCUCGCGUGCCUGCUGGAGGGGGCGUUCAUGGAGGGUCUGAUCCAGCGGCCGAAGGUCAAGGAGGAGUGCAUGCACAACAUAAACAAGGCUCUCGCGGCGCUUCGACGCGGCGGGGUGACCAACGCCAGGUACUUGUGGUCCGCCGCAGAGAUUGCGAGGGGCGACGGCGAGGCGGUUUGGGGCCUCCUCGGAGACAUCAAAACGGCGUACAAGGGUUUCCCGGCCAGGCGCAAGAGGUGCAAGGUGUCGCGAAGGGUCGACGCGAGGUUUGCCGGGAACAAGAGCCCGCUCGCGGAUGGGGGCUCGCUUCGCUCUUCGACGCCGCCGCGAAAAAAUCGGUCAUCCGCGCCCGCCGCCGAGCUGAACUUUGGCACCGACGGUGGAAGCGACUGGCGCAGGGCGCGGCCGGGCACCACGCUCAGGGACCGCGGCGUCCCAUCGCCUCUCGCGGACGCGGCGCACAGGGUAUCCCUGACCAGGCGCGGGUUCUCGUUCUCCACGGGCCCCGCCAGGCCACGCGCCCGGGCGCCGCGUCGUUCGCCGAUGGGCGAUCGCUCACCCAACGUGGACAAGUCCAGGCUGAAGCAUCCGAGGCAGAGCGAGGACGACCUCAAGAAGCGCCCGCCGUUCACCAACUCGGGCUACGUGUCCCCGAACGAGAGCGCGAGGAAGCGUGCGGUUUCGGCUCCGAGGUUCCGCGAUCGGUCCCCGUCACCGAUGAUGGGCGAGCCCCACGGCAUUCACUCGGGAGCCUCCCCGCACUCGACGCGCGCGAGGAGCGUCUCGCCCAGGCACGCCCCGCGGCCGGGCGAGGACCCGCCCGCGCCCGACUACUACCGCGCGUUCUCGCCCGGCCAGCCCGGCGCGGCCCGGCCGGCGACUCGACACUUCAAGUCCCCGACCCGGGCCCGGCCGGCGAAAUCUCCCAUUCGCGUGAGGACGCAGGUGGACACCCUCGCCGAGAAGGCGGCGAGGGCCGCGGCGAAGGCUGGGAACGUCCCGGUGGUGUUCGAAUACCGCGAGGGACCUCCACCACCGAUGCCGCCCGCGAGGCAGCGCGACGACGAGGUGAGGGAGUGGCUGCGGUCGUUGAGGCUCGGCGUGCUGGCGAGGGAGGAAGCCGCGGACCUGCUGAAUAACCCGCUGCGGAACGGCGUCCUGCUAUCGGAUCUCAUGACCGUUCUCGUCGGGGCGCCGCCGCUGGGACGCAGGGAUCGGUGCCCGAGGACUUUGGCGGUGGCGCGCGCGAACGUUGAACGCGCGCUCGUGCCCUUGCGCACGAUGCCCGGCGCCAUCCCCCCGACGCUGACGUGGUCCACCGAGGGCAUGCUCAAGGGCAUGAGGGAGAACAUCUUCGGCUUACUUUGGUACGUGAAACACGCGAUUCCGGAGCAGAGAAGCUACUCGAGGGGCGCCGCGCCCGCGUCGUGGAAGCAACCCAACCCCGCGGAUCCCCCCUCGGUGCAGAAGCUCAGGUUCGAGGCUGUCGCGGAGGAUGGGGACGGGGACGGGUCAUCGCCCAAGGGCUCGCCGGUGUCCGGCGUUGUGAGGGGCGCCUCGCCCGCGCACGACGCUAAGCUCGGCGCGGAUCCCAAGAAGACUUCUAACAAGUACCAGUUCGUUCCCGUUCCCGCGAAGGGUGCGCCGAAAAGCGUGCAGAGGGAUCCGAGAAACGGUGCCGCGUCCAAGGGUUUCGGCAAGACUGACGAGCGGGGUCGCGCUCUCAACGGGUACGAGGCUCUGCCGUACUCGGAUCCCUCGGUGAAGCGGCUGGAGUCGAGCAUCACGCAGUGGCUCCACGAGAUGAAACUCCUCGACGCCGAACAACUCCAAUGCACCUUCUCGGCGCUGUGCCCGGAGAUGUCGAAGGGGAUUUUGCUGUGCGACCUCGUGGCGGCGAUGGAGGGCGUCCCGGUGAUUGGCGUGUUCAGGCCGCCCAAGAGCGACGGUACCAAGGUUGCCAACGUCCGGCGCGCCUGCGAACGGCUGGCGAGGCACCGGUUGAUGUCGAAGAGGUUCCUCUUCAACCACGACGACGUCGCCGCGGGGGUUCCCGGCGUGAUACUCGGCCUGCUCGAGGACGUGAGGGUGUUUUACGACGGGCACCCGCCGCGAACGUCGGAGCAGUACUGGGACCCCGAGACGCCGUACAUGCCCGAGAUUGGCAUGGGUCGGCCCGCGCCGCCGCUGCCUCCGCCUCCGCCGCCGGCCGCGUCCCCGCACAGGGUCCUGGAACGUUUCGGGCACCUCGAGAACGGCGAGGCAAUCACGACGGAGGACGAGUUCGAGGACCCCGAGGAGGAGCCCAGCAACGGGUGGGGGUACCACCCCAACCAAAAAGCGGUUGACGACGACGAGAACGAACCCGCCGACCCGACCAAGACGCCGCCUCGACCGGAACGACCCGUGCGCCUCGGCGCGAGCAUCGUGGCCAAGUCCGCGGAAGAGCGCGCCGAGGCGGCGGUCAAGGCGGCGGCCGCGGAGGCCUUGUCGGGGUGGCAGGAGAAACUCGCCGAGGACAUGGAUCGGCCGGGAACCGGAGGGCUGCACCCCACCAUACCGUUCAAACCCACGAGGGUCGGCGAGGUGCCCAGGGACAACACGUGGGAGGUGUCGAGCUUCCCCAGGCGCAGGGCGAGCGUCCCGGAGGUUGAGAGGAACCUCGCGGCGGAGUCGGCGGCUGCCGCGGCGGAGUCAGUCGCGGAGCAUUACAACAACGCGCGGCCCGAGCGGCGGCCGCCGACGCCGCGCAAGUCGGUUGCCGAAAAAGCCGCAGCGACGAAGCGCCGGAUUCUCGCGGGCCUCGGGACGAACAAGUCUAACCCUAACCCUAACCCUAACGCGGGGUUCGCGCUCGCGACGGCGGCGCGGGCGUCCGGCGCGGGUAAGCGCCGCGAGGAGACGGCGCAGGAGAGGAGAUGGUAUUCCGCCUCGCAGGAGCCGCCGGAGCCGCCGGCGAGGCGUGCACCCGCGAGGCCCCGCGAAUAUUCUUCUCCGGCGAGCGUGUACCGCCCGCCGCCCGCCGCCGGUCCGCCGCCGGCGACCGCCCCGGCGCUUCGCCAGACGCGCCAGUUCUCCGCGGACACGCCGACGCCCCCCGGCGCGAGCGUCACGCACGCGUCGUCCCCGGUGAACGGGCGAACGGGGCCGUUUCAGGAGCGCCGGCGGCGAAAGAGCGAGGGGCGGGUCUCGUUUGAGGGAACCCCGCCGCGCUCGACCACGCCGGAUCACGCGCGACCGGGCUCGGCCAACUACCUGAGAAACUCGCCGCCGCAACCGUCGUCCGGCCCGGGCGGGACGGAUGAUAACGGAUGGACCGCGGACGACCGCGAGGCGGUGAGACUGGCUCGGUGGAUUGACAGCCUCGGCGUCUCGCUGCGCCGCGCAGACGCCGGGGACGGGGGGGACCGACCCUCCGCCGAGGCUGAAUUCUCCCGGAGCAGAUCGAGGCCCGCCGUGGAGCUGGCGGCGGCGUGCAGCGACGGGACGCUGCUCUGUGAGCUCGUGCGGUUGCUCGAGCGGAAGGAGCUGACCGGGGUGACGUGGCAGCCGAGGGCCGGGGCGGCGCGCCUGCACAACGUGGGCAAGGCGCUGGAAGAGUUGAGGAGGCAGCCGGCGAUGUCGCCGAUGCACCUGUGGAGCGAUAAGGACAUCGUGUCGAGGGACGUGGGCACGGUACUGGGUCUACUAUCGGACAUGCACGCGUGCACGGCGUACCGGGGACGGAGGACCAUGCCCGCGUGA